CCCGGAGGCGCCUACGCCCGCGUCGCAGCGCAGCCCGCGGCCCAGCGGCCGCCCCACGUCGACAGCGUAGGCCCCGGCGCCCGGGUUUACGCCAGCGCCGCUGACGUGACGCUCUUGGGGUCCUGCAUUGGCGGCCACAUCUCACGAUGCUGAGUCACGCUUACCGCUCUGGGUUCCAGCCCCUCAACCAGCGUCUUCUGCCUUGGGUCCAGUCUGCAGCUGCAUCCGGAGCUUCUAUAGGUCGUGGCCAGCAUCCAGCCAUCAGACAUGCUCGUUCUUGGAGCAACAUCCCCUUUAUCACGGUACCCCUCAGUCGUACCCAUGGCAAGUCCUUUGCCCACCGCAGUGAGCUGAAGCACGCCAAGAGAAUCGUGGUGAAACUUGGCAGUGCCGUGGUGACCCGAGGGGAUGAGUGCGGCCUCGCCCUGGGGCGCCUGGCGUCCAUUGUGGAGCAGGUAUCAGUGCUACAGAAUCAGGGCCGAGAGAUGAUGUUGGUGACCAGUGGAGCUGUAGCCUUUGGCAAGCAACGAUUGCGCCACGAGAUCCUUCUGUCUCAAAGCGUGCGGCAGGCCCUGCACUCAGGGCAGAACCAGCUGAAAGAGAUGGCAAUUCCAGUCCUCGAGGCGCGAGCCUGUGCAGCUGCCGGACAGAGUGGGCUGAUGGCCUUGUACGAGGCCAUGUUUACCCAGUACAGCAUCUGUGCUGCCCAGAUUUUGGUGACCAACCUGGAUUUCCAUGAUGAGCAGAAGCGCCGGAAUCUCAAUGGGACACUUCAUGAACUCCUUCGAAUGAACAUCGUCCCCAUUAUCAACACAAAUGAUGCUGUUGUCCCCCCAGCUGAGCCCAACAGUGAUCUCCAGGGGGUAAACGUUAUUAGUGUUAAAGAUAACGAUAGUCUGGCUGCCCGCCUGGCUGUGGAAAUGAAAACGGACCUCCUGAUUGUUCUUUCAGAUGUAGAAGGACUCUUUGACAGCCCCCCAGGGUCUGAUGAUGCAAAGCUCAUUGAUAUAUUUUAUCCUGGAGAUCAGCAGUCUGUGACGUUUGGAACCAAGUCUAGAGUGGGAAUGGGUGGCAUGGAAGCCAAGGUGAAAGCAGCCCUCUGGGCUCUACAAGGUGGCACUUCUGUUGUUAUUGCCAACGGAACCCACCCCAAGGUGUCUGGGCAUGUCAUCACAGACAUUGUGGAGGGGAAGAAAGUCGGCACUUUCUUUUCAGAAGUAAAGCCUGCAGGCCCGACUGUUGAGCAACAGGGAGAAAUGGUUCGAUCUGGGGGCAGGACGCUGGCCACCCUGGCGCCUGAGCAGAGAGCUGAAAUCAUCUAUCACCUGGCUGACCUGCUGACGGACCAGCAGGAAGAGAUCCUGUUAGCCAACAAAAAAGACUUGGAAGAAGCAGAAGGGAGACUCGCUGGCCCUCUGCUGAAGCGCCUGAGCCUCUCCACAUCUAAGCUGAACAGCCUGGCCAUCGGGCUGCGGCAGAUCGCAGCCUCCUCGCAGGACAGUGUGGGGCGUGUUGUGCGCAGGACCCGAAUUGCUAAAAGCCUGGAGCUUGAGCAAGUGACUGUUCCGAUUGGCGUUCUCCUGGUGAUCUUCGAGUCUCGCCCUGACUGUUUGCCCCAGGUGGCAGCCUUGGCCAUUGCAACUGGGAAUGGCUUGUUACUCAAAGGUGGGAAGGAGGCUGCACACAGCAACCGGAUUCUUCAUCUGCUAACCCAGGAGGCCCUUUCGAUCCAUGGAGUGAAGGAGGCCAUUCAGCUGGUGAAUACCAGAGAAGAAGUUGAAGAUCUUUGCCGCCUGGACAAAAUGAUAGACCUGAUCAUCCCACGUGGCUCUUCCCAGCUGGUCAGAGACAUCCAGAGAGCAGCCAAGGGAAUCCCAGUGAUGGGGCACAGCGAGGGGAUCUGCCACAUGUACGUGGACUCGGAGGCCAGCGUUGAUAAGGCCACCCGCCUUGUCAGAGACUCUAAGUGUGAAUACCCGGCUGCCUGCAAUGCUUUGGAGACGUUAUUAAUCCACCGGGAUCUGCUGAGAACACCAUUAUUUGACCAGAUCAUUGACAUGCUGAGAGUGGAGCAGGUGAAAAUCCAUGCCGGCCCCAAAUUUGCCUCCUAUCUGACCUUCAGUCCCUCAGAAGUGAAGUCGCUCCGAACAGAGUAUGGGGACUUGGAAUUGUGCAUUGAAGUGGUAGACAGUGUCCAGGAAGCCAUUGAGCACAUCCACAAGUACGGCAGCUCACACACGGAUGUCAUCGUCACAGAGAAUGAGAAAACAGCAGAGUUCUUCCUCCAGCAUGUUGACAGUGCCUGUGUGUUCUGGAAUGCCAGCACGCGUUUCUCGGAUGGCUACCGAUUUGGACUUGGAGCUGAAGUGGGAAUCAGCACAUCCCGAAUCCAUGCCCGGGGACCAGUAGGACUUGAAGGGCUCCUCACUACUAAGUGGCUGCUUCGAGGACAGGACCAUGUGGUCUCGGACUUCUCAGAACAUGGCAGUUUAAAAUAUCUUCAUGAGACCCUCCCUGUUCCCCAGAGAAACACCAACUGAGAAGUGCCAGGAAACCCAGGAAUGUCACAAGAGUCUUCCCAGUUAUACUAGUCCCAAGAAUCUCUGGGGCAAAGCCCCAUCUCCUCUUCCCACUUCCUGGAAGGGUCUGCCUGUUGGAAAGUACACCAGUGCUUGGGGGAGUAGAACUCGCCUCUGCAGACCUGGAGUGCUUGAUUGGGUACUGUCAGACUCGGCUAGCAUUCAUACUCCAUUCCACUUUUUCAUUAAGCAAAUUACUUCUGCAGACAGGGACUUCGCUUUGCUCAGUCCAGCUGCCUUCAGUGAAAGAAACAAAGCUGCAGUUUUCCCUCAUAAAAGGCAAAAAAUCCUGGCUGCUUUUUGUGAGGUAAAGUGCCCGUUGGCAUGUGGUUGAUACCAGCACCAUUGUCCCUAGUCUCUCAGUGUUUCAUUUCUUCCAUACAAGUUCUCAUCAGACAAGAGGAUUUGGGAUUUAAAACAAGGAGCA